GAGCCGGCUCCAAAGCGUUUCAAGCAAGAACCUCGACGUGAAGAUUCACUCGGAUCUACGAGGGGACCCGAAGCGGGACCCCGCCUCCGCCUUCGCCGGCAGCCCCAGCCGCACCUGCUCGCCCGACCUCGGCAAAGCCCAGUGCAAAGCCCAGUCAGGCAGCGACAGCGACUCUGAGGGAGAGGAAGCUAGAAAGCUGUACAACAGGAUGGAAGCCAAGCUGAGGGAGAAAGGCCACAGCAGGACGCAGCUGGUCAAGCUGAUGAUGGAAGCAGAUGGAGACAGGGACGCCUUCCACCAGAAGCUCAAGCUCUACCGCAAGACCGAACAAUUCCGGAAUUGUUCCACGAAAGGAGGCUACUACUCCGAGUCUGAUAUGAGAAAGCCCGUCUCGGAAGGUGGGUUAGCCUACAAAGUUGAAGGUGAAGAAGAUUACGAAGUACUGCGAAGAACAUGGACUGACACGGUGCCCUUUCUGCAAUGUUCCACAGUGACUGUGCCGCUCCUUGUGAUUACAUUGCUGAGGGUGAACAAGUACGACACCAGCGAAACCGAGUACUGGGUUGACUACAGGACAGAGGGUGUGCGAGGUGUCAACGAGUGUGACGGCAUGGAAGAUACGGGCGCCGGGCGGACCGACGGCUUCGUGGCACCUGCCCUGGACGAUCUGCCGGUGCAUGCGGAUCCUGAGCAAGAUGAUCUUCCGGCUGGGCUUCACGUGGAGCAGGGCAAGAAGGCUGAGCUUUUUUCGGGACUUCUAUAG